AUGAAAAUUAGAAGAAACCUUAUAGCCGGGCUAUUGCUAAAAGCCAUCGAGUGCACAUUCAACUGGCAGUACUGCAAUCUAAUGGGAGAGCUAAACGCCCUGCAGAACAGCAUAUGCAGACUGUACAGGAGCAAGCUAGCAGCAAGGCAGCCUUGGAUGAUGGGGCAAAACACACCCAAGCCGCCUCUGCUUUCUGCCACAGUUCUAAGGCCGGCAUACACCUACUCAAUGGACUCCAGCGCGGCGACCCAGCACGAAAGAAACAUCAUGAUGGAGAGAGCCCAGCAGGAAGUCAGUGCGAAGACCCUUCAGGGGAGCCUGUGCGGAAAUAGGUCGUUGCUUCUGUGCCUCCCCUCCGCAGCCAGCCCUGUUGAGUCGAGCCCCUUAGAGCCAUUGCCGCUUGGAGGGUUAUCUCCUGAAAUGCAUCCGCAUGGGAUACCGCUGCACGACGCACCGCGCGACGUGGCCAUGCACGAUGUAAUGCUGGCGCACGACAUGCACGCGGCCGAAGCGUUUUCGCAUGGAGCUAUCCUGCCGCAUGAGCCUAUGCCGAGCCCUAAAGUAAUGCCGCCGCACGACAUUUCCACAGACACGCCGGCGCCCUCCGGUCUUCCAAAUUUAGUCAUCACAAUAGGGAGCACAGACAAGCAUGGAAACACGGUUAACGACAUGAUAUCCAGAAUUGUCAUCAGAAAGGACGGAACCUCCCCGGAAGUGCACACAAGCAUAGGCCCGAACGUGAGCAUAAACGAUAUGUGCUUGAAGCAGCCUAUGCUUUGCCGCAACGAGGCGUCUCCCUCUUCCGCCGGAUUUAUAGGCACACGGGCAAGCAGCCUUGCCCCAACUAAUGUAGGCGUCAUCACCGGGUCCUUUAAUGCCAGUUCAGGCUUUGAGAAUAGGAGCAUUGUGGCAUCUGUUCCGCCGAGUGUCCCAAGCCACACAGCUAUGGAAAAAAACCCUGCGCCCACAAAAACUGUGCCUAUAAAGCCCAUAAAGCCUUCUGGCAUUAGCACGGCGAAAAAAACAAAGAAGCCUUAUAAAGAAUACGACGAAGACUCUAGCUCGUCCAGCGAUAGCCGCCAUUCGAAAAAGAAAAGCGACUUGUACAAGCUGAAGGAAGAGCUGAAGAGGCAGAAAGCCAUGCUCAAGCGUGAGCUCAAAACGCAGUUUAUGGAGAGCGAGAAAAAGCUCCAGAAAGAGAUAAAAGAUCUGAAGAGGAAAAAAAUCGAGGAGGAGGGCUUUUUAGAAAGGCUUAGAAACUUUAGGUGGGAAAAGUCCAAGAAGAGGCCUGAAAUCAAAUACACGGACCCCAGCGAGUACUCUUCUCCAGCCUUGUCCACCAAAAGCCCUGGCGCAAGCGCCUCUGAUACGAUCCAAGUUCCAUGGAGUCAGCCAAACAACGAGCCUACGUAUAUUUCGCACUCAAACACCGGGAACAAAGAGGCGCUGAUGCGAAUAGAAAGAGCAUUGCGCGACCUGGAAAGAAGAACUGAUCCAGAAAUUUUGCAGGUUGAGCCGCCCAGAACACGACACACGCACACACAUCAUCACUAUGUCGAAGCCGAACCAGCCCCCCGGCCCACUGUUGUCUAUAAGCACUCAAUUUCCCCGAUUGAAUAUACCACGACCUCAGACAGCCCGGAAUAUGUAAUCAACCGGCCUUCCCUGUCCAAGAGAAAAAACAACCAGGUAGUUUAUAUAAGAGCUAGCAGUAUAUUAUAA